UUCAUCUUUGUAUCAACUAUUUUUCAAAGAAAUUUCAGCAUGUGUUUUCCUCAAUUUUUUUUGGCAGCUGAGAGAUAUCAGGAGGUCAUGUUUUUGCACUCACUAUCCCAUCUCAGAUGGCAUUUUCAUUGAUACAAACAGUGACAUGGAACAUAAGUUGUCAACAAUUCUUCCAGAGGACUAUUACACUAAGGCAAGGAAACAGUUACACCUAAUGUACAAUGAAUCAUGGAAACAUUACAUCAACUCAAUGAAACCAUUGUUGCUCUCACAGAUAAGCCAAGCUGCAAGAAUUAUCCACGACACAAACAACAGCUCCAUGUACAAAUUGACAAACAUUUCAAAUGACAAGUGUUCCACCCAGGUUCCUGUUUCUUUAUCAGCAAUUGAAACUAGAGCAAUUAGUGCACUUGCAGUGGCAUUUGAUCAGUCAAAUUCAACAUCUGCAACAGCUUUGCAGAGUAAUGAUCCACAUGACAAUGGAAAAACCAAGUUAGUUACACCCGCUGAACCUCUUGAUGCUGCAGUCAAUUAUGAAAUGGCAUGUCACAAUGAGCAUUUGCCUUCAAAAUACAUGCUCCCCCCCACUAGAGUUUCAAGUCCCUGAAAUCAUUGAUGCUCAAACUGAAGCUGCAGAAAUUUUUGACAAUUUCAUUGAUGAAUUGGAGCCAAUACAUUCAGAGGAUGCUGUUGAUAUUUGCUCUAGUCAGACCUCUUUUAUGGCAGAUCUGCAUAAACUAAUUUUUGGCACUCAGCAGUUGGAUCUUGCACCACAACAGGAGUCAGCCAACCUCAGCAAUUUUACCUUUUCAUUAGUAAAAUUAGGCAUGGAGUAUGGUUCAGUUGAUGGACAUUUACCUCCUGCAGAAUAG